CUUGCUUUUUUCUUCGUAAUGUUCUUGUAUUUUCCGACCUGCAACUCACUCCCGCAAACAUCCUCUGCCUCGGGGACUACGUGGACCGUGGACCGUACUCACUCGAAUGUCUUAUUCUGUUGCUCUCACUGAAGAUCAGUCAUCCGUCGAAGGUGGUGAUGCUUCGUGGCAAUCAUGAGGAUCGUGUGGUGUGUGGCGACCUGUUAACCUAUGGAUCUGCUUCUUUUCUUGCACAAUGUGAGGCGUUAUACGGCGUGGAUGAGGGGCGGAAAUUGUUCAAGGAAUUGACGGCUCUUUUUCGCCACUUCCCUCUUGCUGCAGAACUCAUCAUUCCUGCAGUAGCAAACAACAGUGGCAACAACAGUAAUACUACCAGUAGUAGUAUUAAUAAUAAUAAUAACAAUAAUAAUAAUAAUCAUAAUCAUCAUUAUCAUAAUAAUAACACCAAUUCUCCCGGUGAUUUGGCUGCAGCUUCCGUUUCAAGGUUAUUGGCACCACAGGGUCGACGGAGGACCCAUGAGGAGCGCGUGUUGUGUACCCACGGUGGUAUCCCGCGCUUUUUUUCCCCGCCUAAGGAGGAUGACAGCCUUGCGUUUCUGCGAAACGAGGACUUUCCGCGCAUGUUGACUUUGUUCCCCAAUAAUCCCUUUGUGAGGGAUGAUCCGGAGGCCCAGGUGGAGCUUCUAGGAGCUGUGGGACAGACACCUGUCUCGCAUGCGUCAUCAACGACUGCUAUAAGCGAAGCGAUGUUGCGUAAAGCAUGGUUCGUUGCAUUUGAUCUUAUGUGGUCUGACCCCACAAUCCAUGACCCCGGCGAUGAUGAUAAUGAGUCCUCUGCAUUUGCCUUGUCUGGAAACGGCCAUGCAUCUAUCAAUGAGUGGGGUUUUGGUGUGAACAAGCGCGGGAGUAAUGUACUCACGUUUUUUGCCAAGGCCUUAGAGACCUUUUUGCAGGCCCACCAGUACAGCAUGUUGUUUCGCGCCCAUCAAGAGAAGGCGCAUGGGCUGCGUUUUAGCAAGAGCACCAAGGUAUUGACCAUUUUUAGCAGCUCCAACUACCUUGGGCACGGCAACGGUGCAGGUUGUGUGCUGGUGACUGCCGAUGGUGAAAUUCAGCUUGUCGAGAAGUUGAGUGAGUGA